CUCAUUUCCAAUUAGUCGCCAUUUAUUUAGGCUUGCCAACCCUUCUUUAGUUUAGAGCAUGGCGGUAUGUAUUUUGUUGGGCGGCCUUCAACAUUGAAAAUUAAAGCCCACAUAAACUUCCAUCAUUUUCAGGCUUAUCAGUUAUCAUGAUUUGGGAAUUGGGUUGUUGGGCCUCACUUAAGUAAGCUCAAUAUUUUUCCGGUAAAUCCAAUGCUCACUAGUCACUACUGAGUCAAUGCAGCUCCCCAAUUAAACAAAACAGAUGAAAAUUAUAAUUCGCAAAAUUCUGUCCUUUGCAGCUUCCCAAAGGCUCUUCACAGUCUCACUUACCUUCCCAGCAGCCAUCAGCCCUUGGCUCUAAUUGCUGUUAAACUAUAUUAAUUAGUAAUUAUUCCUUCUUGGGCCGACUCUUUGUCUCUGACUUGAAGCUUGGUUUGAUCCGAUCAUGGCUCAUUCAGUCCUGUGUCAGGUCCCUGUAACGAUCUCCGUCAAGAAUGAUGCUUUUGUUCCCAAUUCCAUUUUUAAGAGCAAAAAUGUGUCCCUACACGAAAAUUCACGGACAUCUCGUGCAUUUUCGGACGUCAAAAUUGCAAAUUUAUGGAAAAGGGCUCGACCCGUGGUCUGCAUGUCAGUGCAACAGGCAAACGAACCGAAAGUUGCGGUUUCACCCCUUAAUUUAGAGGAUGCAAAAGAGCCUCCGCUACAUUUGUACAAGAACAAAGAACCAUACACAGGAACAAUUGUGUCUGUCGAGAGGCUCGUGGGCCCGAGAGCUCCUGGGGAGACGUGUCAUAUCGUGAUCGAUCAUGGGGGAAAUGUCCCUUACUGGGAAGGGCAGAGUUACGGGAUUAUUCCUCCCGUAUCAUCAACGAGAUAUGGUGACUUCUUUGACGGCAAGACAGCAACUUUAUGUGUUAGGCGUGCUGUUUACUACGACCCUGAGACGGGAAAAGAAGACCCGUCAAAGAAAGGAGUGUGCAGCAAUUUUCUAUGUGAUUCAAAGCCUGGCGACAAGGUUCAAAUAACAGGUCCCUCCGGAAAAAUAAUGCUCCUUCCGGAAGACGACCCGAACGCCACCCACAUCAUGAUCGGCACGGGCACAGGCGUGGCUCCUUUCCGAGGCUACCUUCGGCGCAUGUUCAUGGAAGCUGUCCCCACCUUCAAAUUCGGCGGCCUCGCCUGGCUUUUCUUAGGGGUGGCCAACAGCGACAGCCUGUUGUACCACGAGGAGUUCUCGCGGUAUGCUCGGGACCACCCAGAAAACUUCAGGUACGAUCUUGCCCUCAGCCGAGAGCAGACGAACAGGACAGGUGGCAAGAUGUACGUGCAAGACAGAAUCGAGGAGUACAGUGAUGAAAUCUUCGGGCUAUUGGAUCGUGGGGCCCACAUAUACUUUUGUGGGCUCAAAGGGAUGAUGCCUGGAAUACAGGAGACGCUGAGGAGGGUGGCUGAGAGUCGAGGGGAGAGCUGGGACGAGAAGCUAUCUAAGCUGAAGAAGAACAAGCAAUGGCACGUUGAAGUCUAUUGAUCGGGUUGUAUUUUUAUUUUUAUUUUUUUUAUUAUUAUUUCGGGAUUGUGCUCGAGUUAGAAACUCGGAUUUGUUGUUUCUUGAUGGGGAAGGUUUAUGAACUUGGGAUAUAUGUCUGGAAGGCCAUUCUGUGAAACUCUCGUGUGGUGGAUGUGAACCUGUUGCUGGUGUUCAUUUCAUGGCCAUUGAAAUUCUAUCUUUGUUUUGAUGCAAAUGAAUGUCUGAAUUGGAAUUCUUGAUGCGUACAAUUGGAUAUGAAUACAACCGGUUUUGAUUGGUUCUUUUA